AUGACCGUAAUUCAUCCUUUGCAAGAUACUCUUACCUCUCGCGAUGGCUCAUUAAUUUUCGCCAUUAUCAAGAAUUGUAUCCUAAGUUUCAGAUAUCAAUCGUCAAAUGAAUGGGAGCUAGUUGGAAAAUGGUCUGACGAUUUCGACAAAACUCAAGAAAUAAAGAAGAACGUAGCUAGGGAUCAACAGAGGCAAACCAGCGAAAACGAAAACAAAAACAAAAAAUUAAAAAGUAACAAAGGCGACUCAAUCACCAAGACAGUAGCCAAGGUACCAUCUCCAGGUAUUGGCGCCCCUCCCAUAUACUCGUACAUCAGAAACCUAAAACUUACAGCAGAUGACUCAAGAUUAAUUGCAUGUGCUGAUUCUGACAAAUCCGUCCUAAUUUUCGAUGUUGACAGGGCUUCUAAGACAAAUAUUUUGAAGUUAACUAAGAGAUUCUCCUUCCCAAAGAGACCGAAUGCAAUUACCGUUGCUGAAGAUGGUACCACGGUUAUCGUGGCUGACAAGUUUGGUGAUGUGUACUCCAUUGACAUUAAUUCCAAUCCAGAAGAGAAGUUCACUCAAGAACCUAUCCUAGGUCACGUAUCGAUGCUGACUGAUGUGCACAUGAUGAAAGACUCUACAGGGCACACAUUUUUAAUCACUAGUGAUAGAGACGAGCAUAUUAAGAUUUCGCACUAUCCGCAAUGUUUCAUUGUAGACAAGUGGCUGUUCGGCCAUAAGCAUUUUGUUUCUUCCAUAUGCUGUGAUAAAGAUUCUUUGUUGUUGAGUGCGGGCGGUGAUGUGAAUAUAUUUGCUUGGGAUUGGAAAACUGGUGAGACUUUAUCCACCUUUGAUUACAGCGGUUUGAUCAAACCUUAUUUAAGCGAUCAACAUUUAGCACCAUCAAGAUUCCAAAACGAAGAUAACAGUAUUAUUGAAUUUGCCGUCAGUAGAAUAGUAAAAUUAAGUAAUCUACCGUUUGCUGCAUUUUUCGUUGAAGCUACAAAAUGCAUUAUGAUUUUGGAAAUAUCAGAAAAGGAGAAAGGUAAACUUUCACUAAAGCAAAUCAUAAAUUUGCCGUAUAAUGUUAUUUCAUUGUCCGCUCAGAAUGAUGAGCUGCAAGUUACCUUAGACAAUCAAAAAUCCCCCAAUGUGCAAAAUAACUUUGUUAAAUUCAUUCAAUAUAAUCCCAAUGACUGCGUUUUUGUCGAUAAUGAUGAAAAGUCAAAUAAAUUUGAUGAUGUCAUCACACAAUCAGUAGGAAGAGAUUCUAACUUGAAUGCUGAAGAGGAAUGUGUUUAUCCAUUGUAUAAUAUUUCCUCAUUGAGAAAACACGGAGAACAUUAUUCAUGA